UCGUUACUUUUACUUGUUAGUUCUUAUUCUUAUUAUAGUAUGAGUGCAUUUGGCGUUUGGCCUACAAACCUACAUUUCAGUAUAAAAAUAGUAAAAACACAAAUAACACCAAAAAUAUUAUCCAAAAACCCCAAAGUUUUUAAUCAAAAUUCAAUAAAUAACUUCCGUGGCCCAUAAAGUUUAUUAAUUCCAAAAUGAAAACCAAAAGAAAACAAGAAUAAAUGUUUUGCCCUUGAUAAUUUUUCGCUUAUUGUGUCACAACAAAAAUGUGCUCCACAUAAGAAAAGCUCUUAUUUUUGUGCAACAGUUUUGCCCAAUUAUCCAUCAUCGUUUGGUUAAUUUUUUAAAAAUAAAAUGGAGUGAUUCUUAUUCGAGUCGGAAAUGAAAAUAAUGAAAUUGAAAUUAAAAUAAUAACAUUUUACCUAAAAAACUAGAAGAGAAAUGCCGCAAUGUCUUGUUCAUGAAUCCUGGCUGCGUCGUCGUUCCUCCAAUCACCAUCACCAUCAUCACAUUACCUUACCUACCUCUUGAGAUUCUGUGUUUUCCUCUAGCCCCUUCCGUAUCCGUGGUCUAUAAUAUAUAAAAUAUACGUAGGUACAUACCUAUUCCGAGUUUAUGCUGAUUAUGAUUUCAUUUAAAAAUCAAAAAAAGAGAAUAAUUUGUUGAGUUACGUUAACUAUUUCCAUUUCCAUCCGAAAAUGGAAAACUAAUUUUAUUGAUUGUGAAAUUGUGCAAAGUUGGUUAAUAAUUAAAUAAUAAAAAUUGCUUUAUUCCGAGCAAUGUUACUGAAAGCGAAAAGCUAAAGCUCCCCGUAUUGAUAUUUUUUGUGGUGUGGUGUGUAUAUGGAUGUGUGUUAAAACGCAAAACGCAUAUUUAACACUUCCCUCUUUCCAAUUCCAAGUGAAGUGACUCAAAUUCAAGUUGGUUGAAGCUUCAAGAAGCAAGAGAAGUUGAAUGUUGAACAAAAUACAAACAAAAUUUAUACCUACAUAUUUUGCUUUUGGAUUAACUGCGCCGAGCCUAACCGAGUCAAGUCAAGUCACAAGUCGACCCAAACCCAACAAGAACAACACAAAAGCUUACACCCGCCUGUGUUUGAUUUGUUACGCUUUUCCUUUUAACCACAACAUUGCUAUGGCUUAAUUUUAUUCUAAUUUUCAAUAAAAAAAAAUAAACAAAACAAACAUGGAAGAAUUUUCGGCAGUGGUGCAAACAUUCGGUAAUCACGAAAAGGACCAGCUCCUAUCUUGCCCCAACACUAAGCAACAAAUCUUCAACCAUCCUAAUCUUAAUCAAAAAGACAUUCGAUUGUACAACACUAGCAGUACCAACCCGUCCGACAAGUAUAAAGAUCCACACCAAGAUUCAAGUUCGCAUUUGAACCAAUGUAAUACCCUAACCCAAACUUGUUUCGCGGACUCAGCCCUGACAAUUCCCAAUGAAAGUCGAUUUGUCGGAAUGCCAAGUGAUGGCUUUCAAAAGAUAUCAGAGGCAAAUUCUUUCGAUAACUACCUGCACGCAACGGUAUCCACCACGACUACUGUUGCAGAUGAAUCUGCUUUUAAUGAUUUACAAUUUCGAUCGGAAAAUAAUUUUUCAACCACAAAACAGCAUCGACUAAACAACUCAACAGAGUUGCAAUAUGACACUUCGUCAUUUCAAAAAGUCAACACUAACGACUUUGACAAAACACCGCAUUGUGCGCCCAACUCUUCAUUCCUCGAAUGUACUGAUGAAAACACCAAGCAACACCACAAAAGUGCAAAUAUUUAUAGCAAUGAAUUGAACUCGAAUUUUUCAGUGCCUAAUACUAGUAACUUGGAAUCUGAUUCGACAAACACGGAUCGCAUGUCGAAAAAUAAUAUUCAGUCUGCACAGCAACUUGUAAAUCCAAACUUAAACCUAAGCAUGGAUUCGGAUUCAUCGUCUUGUGAUGAUUUGAUUGAUUUGGAAAUGAAUGAUGUUGAUGGACUGAAGGGUUAUCAAGAUAACACGUCUUCUCAUUCUCAACAAAGCGUCGGAGGAAGUGGAAGUAUAGUUGGAAAUAAUGGUCCAAAUAGUACGGGCAAUAAUAGCAGUAGCAAUGGCGGUGGCGGUAAUGGAGGUGGAGGCGGUGUUGGUAGUGUGAUAAGUGCGAAUCCAAAUAGUGGAUAUAUAUCACUUAUACCGCCACCAGUUGGUACAACAGGCUCCACUGGCCAUGGUGGAGGCGGCAAUGGCGAAGGGAUCGACUUUAAGCAUCUCUUUGAAGAGCUGUGUCCUGUUUGUGGUGACAAAGUUAGUGGAUAUCAUUAUGGACUCUUAACGUGUGAAUCCUGUAAGGGUUUUUUCAAAAGAACCGUUCAAAAUAAAAAAGUAUAUACGUGUGUAGCUGAAAGAUCUUGUCAUAUUGAUAAAACACAACGCAAAAGAUGUCCAUAUUGCCGUUUUCAAAAAUGUCUAGAAGUUGGAAUGAAAUUAGAAGCUGUUCGAGCAGACAGAAUGAGAGGUGGAAGAAAUAAAUUUGGACCAAUGUACAAAAGAGAUCGAGCGCGGAAACUGCAAAUGAUGCGCCAACGACAGUUAGCGCUGCAAGCUAUUCGAACAACAAUGGGAUCUUCGGAUGUGAAGGGUUCAAUGUCACCAACUGCCUACCAACAGCCAUAUCCAAAUAUGAACAUAAAACAAGAAAUUCAAAUACCCCAAGUAUCAUCUCUUACACAAUCACCGGACUCCUCGCCGAGUCCAAUUGCAAUUGCUCUUGGACAAGUGCAUCCUUCACCUGGAACGUUAUCUAAUAAUUUAAGUGGUAGCAAUGGGUCAAGUGCAGCAAGUUCAGGAAAUGUACACGAAAGCUUAGCCCGCAAUAAUGAAUCAAGUACCUGCCAGGAUGGAGCGCCAGUGAAUUUACAGCACUCAACAGAUUCAAAAAUAUGUUUUGAUUCCAGCACCAAUCCGUCUAGUACAGCAGACUCAGUUAACAAUGUCGAACCAUUGAGGGUCUCACCGAUGAUUAGGGAGUUUGUUCAAUCAAUAGAUGACCGGGAAUGGCAGACACAACUAUUUGCAUUACUUCAAAAACAGUCUUAUAAUCAAGUUGAGGUUGACCUGUUUGAAUUAAUGUGCAAAGUCUUAGACCAAAACCUGUUUUCACAAGUUGAUUGGGCCCGAAACACAGUUUUCUUUAAGGAUCUAAAGGUUGACGACCAAAUGAAACUUCUUCAACAUUCUUGGUCUGACAUGUUAGUGCUGGAUCAUUUGCAUCAAAGGAUUCACAAUGGACUGCCGGACGAAACGCAACUGAACAAUGGCCAAUUGUUUAAUCUUUUGGGCCUAGGUUUGCUUGGAGUUCCACAGCUUUCAGAUUAUUUCAACGAGUUACAAAAUAAACUGCAAGAUUUGAAAUUCGAUAUGGGUGACUACGUCUGCAUGAAAUUUCUUAUAUUACUGAAUCCAAAUGUUCGGGGUAUUGUAAAUAAGAAAACAGUUCUAGAAGGCCACGAAAAUGUUCAAGCUGCCCUCUUGGACUAUACAUUAACUUGUUACCCAUCAGUGUCGGAUAAGUUUAGCAGACUUCUGAACAUUCUUCCGGAAAUACAUGCAAUGGCAGCUAGAGGAGAAGAACAUUUAUACUUAAAACACUGCGCUGGAAGUGCACCUACACAAACACUUCUAAUGGAAAUGCUUCACGCCAAAAGAAAAGUAUAAUUAAAAUUGUUUAGCGCAAUAAAAAAAAAGAAAAAUGUCCUGUACAAGUAUAUAUUAACUUUUUCUUGUAUUAUAAAAUUAUCUAUUAAAAUCUUUUUUAGUGUAUAUGAUGUUAUUUACGUUUAACGUGGAUUUUGUAAAUAUUUAAAUAUUAUAUAAAGAUCAAUGAAAAAUAUGUAUGUUAUAUAUUUUAAUAGACAUGCAGAUGUGACAUUUAUUAAGUUUUUAAUUGCUGUAUAUGAGCUUUUUUCUGUUUGUUUUUAAUUCAACAUAAGUUUUUGUGUUAUAUUUAAUAAAUUAUAAGCAAAAUGUACCUUAUAAAGUCUUAAAUGAUAGAUAUUUAACAUACCUAGUUAGAUUUAAACUAAAAAAAAAGCGUAAAUUGAAAUAUAAGUUGAGCAUGUUGUGAAAGGAACAAAUAAAAAGUGAUUUUAAUUUUAGGCUACAACUUUACUUCUAAGUUUUAUUGUUAUAUGAUAUCAUCUUUUCAUCUCAGCGAUGUUAAACUAUUUUGUAAUAAAGUAAUGUUAUUACACUUA